ACGCUGUUGUUGAGCUUUGACGAGUCAGAAAUUUUGAGGUCCCAAGUUCUAUAAAUGUGUCAAUAACACUUAAAUUUCUGUGCAACACCCCUCGAAAUCCGUGUGACGUGUGUUUAACAACGGAUCACACGUGAAAAUGUCGUCGCGAAAAAGACCACACGAAAAUGAAGAAACCGAAGAGUGCACAAUAAAAUCGUCCCCACCACCAACAUUUUCCAAGGUUGAACCAGCACCUUUCAGUGAAGAUGAGCAGGCAUUGGCAGCAUUGGAUAUGUGUGAUUAUUCAAAAAAAAUUACAAUUGAAAUGGCCCAGAGUGAUACAGCGCAGCGUCCCGUAAGAGUUUAUGCCGACGGAAUCUAUGACCUCUUUCAUCAAGGACACGCACGACAACUCAUGCAAGCCAAGCGAGUUUUUCCAAAUGUAUAUCUACUAGUAGGAGUCUGCAGUGACAGCCUGACCCAUGAGAACAAAGGUCGAACAGUUAUGGAUGAAAAUGAGCGCUACGAGGCCGUUAGACACUGCCGAUACGUCGAUGAAGUGGUCCGUGAUGCCCCUUGGACUCUUGACGAUGAUUUUCUUAACAAACAUAAGAUCGACUUUGUAGCCCAUGAUGAGAUUCCGUACUCGGCAGGAAGUAGUGAUGAUAUUUACGCUCACAUAAAAGCAAGAGGCAUGUUUGUAGCAACAGAACGCACAGAGGGAGUUUCCACAUCUGAUGUUGUGGCGCGUAUAGUCAAGGACUAUGAUGUAUACGUUCGGCGGAAUUUGGCGCGUGGGUACUCCGCUAGGGAACUUAAUGUUGGUUAUAUUAAAGAAAAAACGUUUCGUCUACAAAACAAAAUGGACGAAUUAAAAAAUAAAGGAAAAAAAGUCAUCGAAAACAUAGGAGAAAAGAGACAAGACUUAAUUCAAAAAUGGGAAGAUAAAUCUAAAGAGUUCAUAGGAAACUUUCUGCUGUUAUUUGGACGAGAAGGACGAAUUUCCCAUUUUUGGAACGAAGGAAAAGGGCGGAUUCGGCAAGCCUUGUCUCCCCCCUCAAGUCCGCCUCGCAGUCUCAACACAUCUUCAUCUUCACGUCGUCAUUACGACUCUGGCCCACCCAAGAAAAUGGUGCGGUACGAGGAAUGUGCUGAUUAUUCGAGCGAUGACAGCAGCACUGGUGCGAGCCAAGACGAAAUUGGCGAUGACGAAGCUGACGAAAUUGGCCGCAGUGAAAAUGCUGUUGUAGAAACGAACGGAACCAAAAAAGAAGCACUUUAAUAAUAGUCCCUUUAUUACUAUUCUUCACCAAGUUUAAGUGGUCAUCAGUUAACUGUUACAACUAGCCUAUAUGGGAAAUGUGACGGAUCGAGUUCAAAAACUUUUAGGGAUAAAUUCUUUUAGGCCACACAAGUCUGAAAAGGGUAAAACAUACACAAAAUUAUGCAACACCUGUUGACAUUGAGCAUCUAAUAUAAUCCUGUUCUAAUGAA